AUGUUUGGAGAAACAGUCAAUAAUAUUAUUGGACGAACAGUCAAUCCUUACAAUCGAUUGCUUGCAUGUGGCGGAUCCAGUGGUGGUGAAGGUGCACUACUUGCACUUCAUGGUAGUUCAGUGGGUGUUGGUACAGAUCUUGCAGGAUCAAUUCGUAUACCAGCAUCACCCAGCAAUUUAUCGACACAUUGUGCUAGCGAUUUAGUUUAUUUUAUGCAAGCAGUUUUACAACAGGAACCUUGGAGAUAUGAUCCGAAAUCAAUUGAUAUAUCUUGGCGAGAGACACGAUAUUUGGAAGGCAAAACUGGAAAGAAAGUCUUUGGAGUCAUAGCUGCUGACGGAUAA